GCACCCGCUUUAGACCUUUGUCUUUGGAGCUUCCUAAACCGCUAUUUCCAAUUGCUGGGUAUCCCAUAGUUUACCAUCAUAUUGAAGCUUUUGCACAACUUGAUUCUAUCCGGGAAGUUGUAUUGAUUGGUUUUUAUCAGCCGAAUGAUGCAAUUAAUCAACUUAUCUACUCCUGCCAAAAAGAAUUCAAGAUCCAGAUUCGCUAUCUUCAGGAGUUUACUUCUUUGGGUACUGCCGGCGGAAUUUACCAGUUCCGAGACCAACUAUUAGCAGGCGAGCCUGACCUUUUGUUCGUCAUGAAUUCCGAUGUUUGCUGUGAUUUGCCAUUAAGAGAGAUGUUGGAAUUUCAUAGACAACUGGGAUCUGGAGAUCGUUUUGUAAUGAUGGCUACUGAGGCAACAAGGCAGCAAUCAAUGCAAUACGGAUGCAUAAUAGAAAGUACCGAAACACACGAGGCAAGAUUUCCCGACUACUAUGUCCUACAUUACGUCGAGAAACCAGCUACUUUUGUCAGCACUCUUAUCAAUUGUGGUGUUUAUCUUUUUACUCCCGGAAUCUUCAAAUUUAUUCGUAUUGCUUUUCUUGAACACCAAAAUUCGCUCAAUCAAGACAUCAAAGGUCAAUGUAAGGAGAGCGUUCACUUGGAAAAAGAAAUCUUUCAACCCCUGGCCGGAAGCGGAACUCUUUUUGUCUUUCAUACUAAUCGGUUCUGGAGUCAAAUCAAAUUUGCAGGGUAA